CGCUGGCGACCUUGCGUUGCAUGCAUCCUCACUGCUCGACAUGCUACCAUGGACGAUGACAAGUGUCGCUACAUCGCCAGCCCAACGCCAGGUCGCCAAGUCAUUUCAGGCAGAUCGGCGUGCCAUCGACACAUCUAUCGUUCCGAAUCACCGAUAUACCAUAACCCCCCAUGGAUCUCCACGAUCUCCGCAAACCGCCCCCUUGUCAUCCCCUGGAGCGCAACGCCGCUUCAUGCGCCUCAAGCUCUCGAGCCCGGAAGCCCCCAAGCGUAUGGCCCGCGACGCCGCAUGCCGUAGAUCGAGCCAAGCUCCUCGAUCCGUACACUUGCCUCGCAGCUCGCAGAAGCGCAGUAAGGCCCAGGAUACCGCCGCUCCUGAUUUCCAUUCUACUGGCUUUUAGGGCUUGAGGAGGACAAUUUUUCGGCCAGCCUCGACUCGAAGAUAUGGGCGGAACGCGACGGUGAAUUGGGCAGGACGCCAGCGGAUCCAGCGGAGAUGUGCCAAGCUCCCGUUGUGGCCGAUGGGGGUGCUGCGGCUGAUGGGAUUUGAG